GCCUUCUUGGCGAUUGUGUUCCCCGCUUUAGUCCGUGUCAUUGGGUGUCAUUGAGAAGACAGACACCCCAUGUCAACGUGUGGUGUGCUUUGUCUUCUCUGGACUGCCUCCAUCUGUUUAUCGCGGCCCUUUUCACCUUUUGACAAAUUUUGACGACAAGCGGAUAUGAUUUCGGAACCAGAAAAGAAGAGUGCGGAGAAAGAUUCUGAGGACGUUCAAGUUUGCUCGGAAAAACGCAAGUCGUUUGACGUCUCGCUUGCGGCGCAGAAUGAUGUAGAGAAUAGGUGCCCAAGGUCGGAAACACAAAGUUUCGAGGUCUCGCUCCCUUCGUCGCACGAUGUCGAGAAGGGUUCUACUAGUUCAAUAAAUGUAUCGGUUGAUGUGUCAGUGCCGGAGAAACGAGGGUCACCGCAAUGGCCACUGCAAACUCCUCCAGCGAAUCCAAUUCUGAUUACUCUAAACAUCAAUUUGGUAGUACCAGAAGAGCAGCCACGACCUGAUACUUCACAAACGUUCAAAGGCGUCGCAUCACCAUGGUCUCCUGAUGGAGACCCAGCUCCGCCUUUUCCACCGCCAGUCACUUUUCCAGAUGGUGGCUUCGUAGCUUGGUCCCAAGUAGCAAUGGGAUUCUUGAUAAUGUUCAGCACCUGGUAAGUCGUCUCGAAUUCAGAAGAUUACAAGCAGUAACUUAUUGUUUUUAGGGGAAUUGUUAACGCAUGGGGAAUCUUCCAAACAUACUACAACCUACCCCCCUCGCUUGGGACAAAAUCUGCCAUUUCCUGGAUAGGCUCGACACAGUCAUGUCUUCUCCUCCUUUCUGGCGCCAUUGUACGUGUAAACGCGUUCCUUAAAAAACUGACUAACAAAAACCCAGUGGGGAAGAGCAGUAGAUAUGGGCUACGCCAAAACCCUAACCUUCGUCGGCUCCAUCCUAAUAGUAGCCUCACUCUUCCUAACCUCCAUAUCCGGGCAAGGACUUCCUCAAACGUCCACAAAAGGAGCGACACUGGUAUACUACCAAAUCCUUCUCACCCGUAAGUCUUCACUCUCGCUCCUUACCUAUAUCUGCCCACAUCCAUUUCUCAACUCCGUAUACUAACGAUAAACAGAAGGCGUCCUAGGCGGUCUAGGAAUGGGUCUCACCUUCUUAACCUCCGUCGGUGUCCCAGCAACCUACUUUUUGAAAAGACGUGCUCUGGCAACCGGAAUUGUUACCACAGGUGCCAGUUUUGGGGGAAUCAUAUACCCCAUCGUGUUCGAGUAUCUCCUGCAACACUACGGCUUCCGGUGGGCUAUCAGAAUUUUAGGUUUUAUGGCUGUUUGUCUCACUUUCACACCUUUUACCUCUCCACUUCCAUGCCUACUUCCACCAACUAACACUGUUUUUGUAGGCAGCAACGCUCUUCCUGGCUAGCCUCCUCGUUCGCCAGCGCCGCGACCUCUCACAAAAAGCCAAACAGCCCCUCAUUCAAUUCACCGCGCUCAAAGACCCCAAGUACGCAGUCCUCGUAGCCGGAAUGUGCUGUUCCUUCUUUGGGUGCUACAUUCCGUACUACUACCUGCAGGGACGGGUGCGAGAUGCGGGGGUCGAUUUGAAGGGGAUGGCGAGCUUUUAUUUUGUUUGUUUAUUGAAUACUGGAGGGGUAGCGGGGCGGAUCAUACCAAAUCGGGUGGCUGAUAAGUGAGUGUUUCUUUUUCCCAAGUUUUGAGUUUCAUGUGGCAGAGGUUGGGGGAACAAAGAUGUGAUCAUAAGGAAGUGGCUAAUGAUGAGUAGAAUUGGACCCUUCCGCGUCCACACAACAGUAGUCCUCAUCGGGGGCAUCCUAAUCUUCAUCUGGCCCUUCGUGCUCAACCUCCCUGGGUUAAUAGUCUACACACUAGUCUACGGAUUCUUCUCCGGGGCAUUCAUAUCUCUCCCGCCCGCCACAAUCGGCAGUAUUACGCCAGAUAUGUCGCAAUUCGGCUCUCGCCUUGGCCUCGCCGUUUCAAUAAACGGGCUAGGAUUACUCGCUGGACCCCCCAUUGCGGGGGCGCUCAUUAGUGGGAAGGCGGGGUAUACAGGGGCGGCCGCUCUGGCAGGCCUUGUUGUAGUGCUUGGGGGUGUGUGUUUGAUGAUGGGGCAGUUUGGGGGAAAGGUUAUCGAGAGGAGAAGGGAGAGAAAGGGGAAUCGUAUGGUAUUAGAGGGACGAUAACGAAGCUGACGAUUUUGUAUGAACACGCGUCUAAGUAGUAAAGUUGGUACUUUGGUGAGGAUUUAGCAUUUAACGAGUAGCAUGGAUAGUGUUGGCGAAUUUCCUUUAUUAUAGGUACGAUAUAGAAUUGUCGUUUAGAUAAAGUAGAAGUGUAC